AUGGCGCUGAAACCGGAAUAUGUCCUUACGCAUGACUACCUCGAUAACAAUCGGUUACUCUUCGGAUAUCACACCCAUCCGGAUAUCCCUACAGCUGAUCCCAAUCUGAAAGUCGCAGACGUAGGGACAGGAACAGGUAUCUGGCUCACUGAUUUAGCUAAGCGGUUACCGCAGACAGUGCAACUAGAUGCACUAGACAUCUCCUUUGAGGCAACCCCACCAGCUGAGUGGCUCCCUUCCAACAUCCGCACUCUCGUGUGGGAUGUCAAAACAGAUCCUCCGGAGGAUCUGAUUGGUGUCUAUGAUAUAGUCCAUAUUAGACAUUUUACUUUGGUCCUGAUAGAAGAGGAGUUGGAAAAUGUUCUUACCAGAUUACUCAAGCUGCUAAAACCCGGUGGGUACUUGCAAUGGGUGGAAGUGGAUAUGAGCUCGUUCCGCAUUUUGAAGACCAACCCGAAUAACCAGUCUGAGGCAUUAGAGACACUUUUCAAACUCUCUCAGGGGCAGGACAAAAGGCUGAGUCCGACCUAUGUUCCCAGCCUCUCGUCGCGCUCGCGCUUUGAGGCUGCUGGGUUUGACAAUGUCAAGUCCGAGUCCCGGAAUGCACCCCCACACCUUGCUCUUGCGAUGCAUGAAUGCAACUUGCUAAUUAGCGAAAUCUUGGCACGCAAGUCUAAGAACGAAAAAGUGAUGGAAUUGGUGAAGGGGCUCUUGCCCCGUGUUGAGAGCGAGACCCGUAAUGGUUCCUGUUGGGCCUUUACUCGGUGGAGCGUGGUGGGAAGAAAGCCCCAGUAG